UAUGAUAACAUUUUUAAAUUAAGAAUUAAGUGUAAUAUUUUGUUAUAAUAAUUGUAUUUGUGUUGUAAAUAAUUUUUUGCCCCCCCCCCCCCUGAUCUUUGCCCUGGAUCCGUGCCUUUAACUAGGUAUGUAUUUAAUCUACUAACAUGAUGAUUUAUAGUACCUAUAUUAUAGGUAUCAUCUUUUAUUUCUGGUUCGUUGCACAACGAUUUUAUCUGAGGAAAUUGAAACAUGACGUGUAGCUCAUUUUUUACGAUUCAAUAAACAUUUGAAAAUGUAUCAUUUCCGGACGUUCUUUGUUAUCUUUUUUCAAUAAAAUUGUACAAAUAUUUUCAUACAUUUUUUAAGGUUACAGCAUGUUAAUUGCUCAAAAUAUAUCAAUAUUCAAUUUUAACCGAGUCAAUAAUUUGCCACUGCGGAUAUAUAAAAUAAGUAGGAUUUUUGUUUUUUAUUCAUUUUAAAAUGAUUUCAUUUGUGAACAUUGAAUUACAAGAAACUUUUUUAAAAAUAUUUUGUACCAUUUAUUUAAAUAUGUAAAUUUAUAAUUUCCGUGACAACUUCAUCACAUUUUUCCUGUAUAUAAUUUAUAUAAAUAUUUCCGGCAAUAUUUUUAGAGGUUACAGCUCAACCUAUCGACUAUCUAUGUAAUAUAUAAAUAUAUUUUAUAACUCAUGACAGUUACUGUUGAAAACGUAUAUGAAACACUCUAUAAUUAUUGUUGAAAUCAAAGACAGAAUAAUGAUGACCAAAACGUUCGGACUUAUUUUGUUUUUCUCAUCGUCUCAAUCCAGCAACCUUUUCAUGCCAAACUUGCCUAUGGGAGAAUAUAAAUUGGUGUAUGAUAAACUAUAUCAUUGUGAAUCAACAAAAAACAAUCCAAUUCAAUUCAAUUGGUUUAUAAGUAAAAAGACAUUUAGCAUAACGGAGUUAAAAGGGAAUCUAACAUUUAUGAUACCUUUUGACGAUACUCUUAAACUUGAUAUUAACUUUGCAUCUUGGGGUUCAACUGGUGGUUGGAUACCAAAUUCAAAUACCAUCAAAGCAAACAAAGCAUGCAGUAGCUUAAAAUAUUUGUGUGGUAAUAGUUGGAUUAAACUUACCAAGGAUUUUAAUAGUACAACUAAUAGCUGUCCAGUACCAACGGGUACAUAUAUUACGUCAGGGAUUGACUUUAAGAAAUUAGAAGAUCAUAACUUUCCCAAAGUAUAUUUUUAUGGAAAAUAUAAACUUAUGAUUAACUUUAAAAAUGUAGAAAAUAAAGUAGUUGGUUGCACUAUUGUGGAGCUUUAUGUAAUACGACCGUGAGAAACACAAAUUUGAUUAAAUUAUUCUAAAUAAUAAUAAAAGUUAUUGACUUAUUUUAGAACCAAGAACCACAAAAUAUACAACAUAGUAUAUUAUAUUCUUUUAUUUAGCAAUUAUAAAUAUUAUUAUACUUAUAAAUUAUA